AUGGAUAAUAAUAAUGAUUUAAUGAUUUUUUCUUUUACUGAACCAGUAAUUUUAAAGAAAAUUUUUAGCUAUAUUUCUUCAUAUGAAGACAUUAUUAAUUUAUCUUCAUCAAGUAAAUUUUUUAAAACUCUUUUAAGUUUAACACCAAAAAAUAUGUUAUCAUAUAAUGAGAAUUGUUUCUAUGAAAUUUUACUUAGUAGAAAUUCAAAAACAAAUGAAAAUUUUGUUAUAUGUCAUAAUCCAUUUUCAAGAAAUAAAAGAUCAUCUUACUUGUUUAAUGAUGAAAUUACCUAUUUAUCAACAUUACCAAAUAAUUAUUUUAUUUUUCAAAAUGAAAUUACAACUGAAAUUGAUUUAAAUUUUGAUAAUAUGUCAAUAGAAUCUGCUAAUGAAAUAAUUGAUGAUUUAGGAAAAUUUAUUAAUGAAUUAUCAAAACUUUUUAAAAAUGCAAAAAUAUUAAAUUUAUCUUUAUCAUUAUCACACUAUAGAUAUAAUUAUUUGGGUAGAUUAUUAUCACAACUUAAAAGUAAUACAAUUGAAAUAAUAAAAUUUAAUAUUCAAGAUUUAUUUAAAACAGUUUUACAAGAUAAUUUAUUAACAAAUACAACAAUUUUUGAUGGAAUACCAAAUUUUAAAGAAAUUUUUAUUAGUGGUUUUCUUGGUACAGUACACAAUUAUACAUUUAAUACACAUGAUAGUGUUUUAACACAUUUUAUAAGAUGCCUUUCUAAUCGUAAUAAUUGUAUUUUAAAUAUUAUUGAAUUAAAUUACUCCUCCUCUCAUCAAAAAUCUAUUUCUGAGUAUUUGGAGUUAGCUACAAAUAACAAUUUUUUAAUUAAAUAUAGAGAUGAGUAUGAUUUUCCAUCAACAAUUUUUGUACCAUUACGUGAAAAAGAAUCAUUUAGAAGAUGUAACAUUUUAGAUAAUCUUUUAUCAAUAUCAAUAAAAAUAAGAACAACACAACUUUUUCUUCCACUUAUCAAAAGUAUUAAACAAUUAAUUAAAUUAAAAGAAAUUCAUGUAUCAAUGUUAAACAUUAAUAUAGAUAAUAUUUUAGAUGUUACAUGGAAAAAUAUUACAAAUCUUCAACUUUUUAAUUUAGAUUUUUGUUUAAGUGAAGAAGUACAUCCAAUAAUAGCAAAAGAUGCUGAUUAUCAUAGUCAAUUAAAUAUUGUUAAAUAUUUUAUCUCAAUAUUACCCUCAAAUGUCAUGAAAUUAAGAUUGCAUAAUAUUUAUUGCAUGACUGAUGAUGUCUCAAAUUUUAUUAAUGAAACACUACCAAAUAUACAAUUUUUAUGGAUUCAAUGUGGUAUAUUUCAAAAUAAAACAUGUUUUGAAAAUUUUAAAAAUAUUAAACAUUUAAUUUUAUUAAAUGUUCAUGAUUUAAUAAUUCCUAAAUCUGUUGAAUUUUUUAUUAUGGAACAAAAAUGGACCAUUAGAAAUCCAUAUGAUGAUGAACAAAUUUUUAAAAAAUAUUCAGAAUCUUUUCCAUAUUAUAUUCUUCAGAAACCAUCAUUAUCUAGAAUAUAUUUUAAAAAUUUAUUUGAUUCAAAACAACUUUUUGAUAUUAUAGAAUAUUAUUAUAAUAAUAAUAGUCCAUCACUCUUUACAAAAAUUCCACGUUUUUAA